AAAAGCUUCAGGUUGUUUUUCUAUUUUUUAACAGCAAAAAGCAUAAAACUUUGUUUUUUAAAUGUUCUUUAAAUAUUGCAUAACAUAAGUUACAUACCCAGGUUUAGAAAUAUAAUAUGCAAGGCUUCUAAACCUACAUACCACACCCGUUAAUCUCAUCGCUUACAAAUUGUUUAUAAAUAUUUAUUUGCCACGCCUACCAUGCAUAUAUACUUAUGGAGGUCAGUUAUAACGCUGAACCAUUUAUUUUUCCAUGGUAAACAACUGUGGCCCCUUUUUUUGUUUGCCAAGUGCGUGUACCAAGUUUUACUACUAAGGAUGUCUCUUUUAUCAUAGAAAACAGCCAAUGUUUUAGUACUUUUCUCUCUGUCACCGUGAACUUAGCUUUUUCAUAGCCUUUAAAAUUAAAUGCCUGUUAACUGCUAUAAGCAAAAACCUAAAUACAGAUAGACUUUGACCUCCUGUAGUUAGGAUAUUAUAUAGAAAUCUUUUAAUCUCUCUGUUUUUAUCCAGACACUGUGGAAUGUGGACUUACUCUUUUUAAGUGCUGCGGAACUUCUAUUUAAUUUUUUUGCGUUUAAUCUAAUCUGUUUCUGUGUUGCCCCAAGGUUUAGAAAUUGUUAGUUAGUUGUAUAAACGGUGCUACAACCUUUUUAAAAUCAUGAAGGUAAAAAAGAUAUGUUGUAUUGGUGCUGGUUAUGUUGGUGGUCCAACCUGUUCGGUAAUGGCUUGCAAGUGUCCAGAUAUACAAGUAACAGUGGUUGAUUUGAACAAGGCUCGUAUUAAUGCAUGGAAUUCAGACCAACUGCCAAUUUAUGAGCCGGGUCUUGAUGAAAUUGUACAGAAACAUAGAGGGAAAAAUCUCUUCUUUUCCACCAAUAUUGAUGAUGCAAUAAAAUCAGCAGACCUCAUUUUUAUUUCGGUUAAUACACCAACAAAAACGUAUGGUAUUGGCAAGGGUAGAGCUGCUGAUUUGAAAUAUGUAGAAUCAUGUGCACGACAUAUAGCUGCUGUUUCAACUGGCUUUAAAAUUGUGGUGGAAAAAAGCACGGUUCCUGUGCGUGCUGCUGCUAGCAUCAGUUCUAUCCUAAGCUCGAAUAAACAGUCAAGCACUUCUUAUCAAGUUUUAUCCAACCCUGAGUUCCUUGCUGAAGGAACUGCUGUGGAAAAUCUAGUCAACCCAGAUCGUGUUUUAAUUGGUGGAGAAAAGUCACCGGAGGGAAAUGCUGCAGUUGAUGCUCUUGCAGAAAUUUAUGCCAACUGGGUUGACCCGGAAAAAAUCAUUAAAACUAAUACCUGGUCAUCAGAGCUAUCAAAAUUGGCAGCAAAUGCUUUUCUCGCCCAAAGGAUUAGCAGUAUUAACUCUAUGAGUGCAAUCUGUGAAGCUACUGGUGCUGAUGUUGGUGAGGUGGCCAAUGCAGUGGGAAAAGACUCAAGAAUCGGCAAUAAAUUCCUUCAAGCCUCUAUUGGUUUUGGUGGCAGCUGUUUUCAGAAGGAUGUUCUUAACCUCGUUUAUCUAUGUGAGGCACUCAAUCUACCAGAAGUAGCCAAUUACUGGCAACAGGUUAUUGAGAUUAACAACUAUCAACGUAGAAGGUUUGCCAACCACAUCGUUAGUUCAUUGUACAACACUGUGUAUGGGAAGCAGAUCACUUUGCUUGGUUUCGCAUUCAAGAAAGAUACAGGUGAUACAAGAGAGUCAUCUGCCAUCUAUGUGGCAAAGUACUUGAUGGAUGAAGGAGCUAACCUCAAAAUCUAUGACCCAAAAGUCCCAAGCAAACAGAUUAUGGUGGAAUUGGAGCACCCUACUAUAUCAGAGUGUCCAGAGAAAGCACGAGAACUCAUUGAUGUUUGUGACGACCCUUAUGUUGCCUGCCAAGGUGCUCAUGCCAUUGCUGUAUGUACUGAAUGGGACAUGUUUAAGACACUUGACUUCGAAAAGAUCUUUAAUUCGAUGUUGAAACCGGCAUUUAUUUUUGAUGGUCGUGGUAUUCUGCCUUAUGAGAAGUUAUUGGACAUCGGGUUCGAGGUACUCUUAAUGGGUAAAUGUCCUCGGGAAACAGUUCUCCGGAAACAGUAUUUUCCAAGCUGCAACUUCAAGUGACAUUCUUCUUCCAUCAUCUAGAGUAUUACCCUGAUAUCUUCAAUAUAUUCAGAGAAAUGUAUUGUAAAUAGCCAACGAGACGGCUGCGUUUAGAAAUCACUCACCUGUACUAAUCUACAGUACCAAUCUACAAUGGCAAUAUUUUAAUUUAACCAACAAUUUUGCUAGCAAUGAAAUGGUAAUUCGCUUUCAUAGUUUUGUUGCAAUUGCUUUUAACUUUUAAGCAGUUUUUAGACCUGAAGGACACAAAAAAACUUUUUUAAAUUAUUUUAACUAUUAAAAUUUUUACUUUUUUAUCAUGAAGCACCCAUGUCACAACUGCACUCAAGUAUCGAAUCUGUUCAUUUUCUUUGUAGCAAUAAAGUCUCCUACCAUAUCA